CCGCUCAGGUGGCGAAGCUUGACGCAGUUUCUGAUCUACCAGGCACAGACCAGGUACCGCUCGAGGUUCAAGUUGAGAAACUGAUACGCCACCACAACCACACGUCGCCACAACACAAACGAGGAAGAUGACAAGCGCCGGCUUCGCAACAGCAUCAGGAGGAGGUUUGUUCAAGACGUUGGGUCUUGCCAUAUUGGCACUGACGGUGAUACUUCAGAUUCUGGAACAGUCAGGGUUGGAUGCUCGUUCUUUCUUGGGAGAUUUCAGCUGCAAUGGUGUCAUUGUCACUACAGAAUCCUACAGCAGCAACAGCACAAAUGCAACGGAUUCCCUUUCUUCCAGCAAUUAUACCACCCCCAGCAUUGAAAGCAAUGACAAUCAAUUAUCUUCCUUAUCCUUAUCCAAGAGACCCAGCACCGUUUAUUUUCAAACAGAUUUGGCCCAAAUGGCAAGAGAAGAAGAAAAUGGCAAAUUUUUCAUCUCUUAUCUGCAAGGCUCUGGAUUAGGAAGUCAGUUCAUCUACAUGAUUUCCCAGAAGAUCUAUGCUCAAGAUAAUGAUCGAGUCUUUAUGGCUGAUGACUCUUUGUAUGGGUAUCGAUGGGAUGAAGCCACGGGAGUCUUGAAUGGGUUUUUUAGACCCUCUUUCCCCGUCAUUACUGCACAAGAUUAUUCUACCAUUGAGAAGGUGUGGAACGUUCCCAACUACAAGGAAGGUAUCACCUUCAACAAGAAACUGGGAUAUUCCAAUGCCUACACCAGUGGGAAAGCCGUUCAACGAAAAAACAAUGACCCCAUGAUGAUUUUCCAUACCACAAGAUCCGAAUUUCGACUGCAUUUUCGCAAAUCGUACGGAAAUGGAGGAAACAAACUCUACCAUCGCAUGGUAUCCGAAGCAUGUGCCAAUUUACAGUUUAAUGAUCAAGCCUACGCAGAAAUACAACGGAUCAAACAGCAAGCCAAUAUACCCGAUCUCACAGCUACCCCUUCUGUCGCCUUUCAUGUCCGACGCGGGGAUAAGACCGAUACGAAGGAAUCCAAAGCUUUCUCGGGAAUGGCAUACGUGGAUCGAUUCCUCAUGAACCUGGAAAACAAUCAACACAGCAAUAUCACCAAAUCUUCCAUUCGAACGUGCUUUGUGGCAACAGGAGAUUAUCGUGCCGUCCAAGAAAUUCAAGAGGCACUCCAAAAACGUAAAGUACGCUGUACCCUACACACCCUUACACCACCUCAAACUACGGGUGCUGUCAAGGCAUAUGCGAAUUCGGAUCGAGAAGCGACCCUCCAAUUCUUGGCCGAAUUGUCCUUGUUGCUCGAAGCAUCCUACUUCGUCGGAACGUUCAACUCCAAUGUCGGGACAUUGACAGCAGUGCUCCGCAAAUGCGUACAUCCCAAUGCGCCACACUUUGCUCAUUCCUAUGGAGUCGACAAUAACUACUGGAAUUUGAGGUAG